CUCUCCCUCUCCCUCUCUCGUCACAAAGCAAAAAAGCGCAAGCUUUGGAGACUUUGAAUCUCCUCUCGCUGAAAAUUCUUCUCUCUUUCCUUCCUUUCUUUAAUCUUUGCUGUUGCCGCUCCUCGAUGUUUUCUUUGUUCCCACUCAUUCCCCUGAAUUCUCGCCAUCAUUCUUGGACCCCAAUAGGAGAAAAAGCAUCACCAAACAAGAAGCUCUCUCUCUCUCUCUCUCUCAAAACCCAACAAUGGCUCCGAGUUUUCUUGAUUUGAUUUAGCUUCUGAUGAUGAUCAGUUUGAACGGAAUUCACUCCGCUCGUGCCCUCCCCGUGAUUCCGUGCUGAUUUUGGUGUCCGGGUUCGUGCUCUUCUUGACUUUCUUGCGUGCUUUCCGCCGAUGUGUGGAUCGAGUUCGUCCUUCUGAAGCUUCGUUGCUGCUUCGCUUGUCGCUACCAACACUGUUGACUGGCUUGACUGCGACAGCCGAGUCUUUGUAAAAUCUCCAUUGGAUGUUCGCGAAAAAUACCAUUCAGAGGUCAUUUACGAGCUUCCUUCCUUGGGUCCAAUUUACGUGCCAAGAAACUUGAAUGAGCUGGUGACCAUUUGAGUGAAGCGAGGGACAGAAUCUGCUAGCCGUGACAAAUAAGGGAAGAAUCGCCGUAAUGGAGGAAAGAAAACUGAAUUUCAACAGUCCGCUCUUGUCUGUGCGGCGAUAUUCGAUGCCUGCAUCUUCGAGUUCAGACAAAGGGAGGAAAAUUCAGAAAUCCUUAUCCAAUCGACAGCACACGCUCCCCUCGAGUGAUUCGGACUCGAACAUGGAUCAAGUAACUGAACCAGUCGCUGUGCCUUUUACAUGGGAACACAUUCCUGGCAAAGCUAAGGACAAUCGUGAGAAAUCAGAGGUCUUGCUAUUAAAAGGACCUAGUGUUUCUCCAAGGCUUCCUCCACGAAGGUCUCGGGAAUUUGCAGUUGCAAGACACUUGGAAGGACCUAGCUCAAAUAAUAUCGCCGCUAAAUUAGAUAGCUUCAAACAGGAAAUAGCAGAUGAAAAAGAAGGUGGUUUUGUCGAGGAUGAUGAUGAUGAUGAGGAUACUUAUUCUGAUGCAGUCGAAACAUUGUCUACUACUGAUUCACUCUCAUUUCCUGUCAAUUACAGCGUAAGUGGUUUGAGUGGAACAGACGGGCCAGUUGUGAAGCCUUCGGGAACCUUCUCGGUAGAUUCACAGACUCGAGACUUCAUUAUGAGUCGCUUCUUGCCAGCGGCGAGGGCAAUGGCCUUGGAGCCUCCUCAAUAUUCUUCCAGAAAGCAACCUGCUGCAACUGAGCAAACAAGAGAUGUUGUUAAGAAGCUCAUUGUUAGUGAAAGUCGACCUCCCCCGAAGCAAUACAGUAUGGAAAUUGUACAGUACUAUAAGCAAGACACAUGGGAGGAGGAAAGUGUAGACGAAGACGAAGAUAAAGGUGAAGGGAACAAUGAUUAUGGGGGUAUAUCAGCUAAAGGUUGUGGGUUACUUCCUCGCCUAUGCCUCUUAAAUCCAGUUCCGGGAAUGAAACCAAGGGCGCUAAGUCCUAUGUCUUUCAUGUCCCGAAUGAAAGGAGUGAGCAAGGAUGGUUCUGCUCGAUCGCAAAGCCAGCCUAAGAACGCUGGUCCUGAGUACAAGUUGGACCAUGGUAAUCCCACUCCUAAGUUACCAGGCGUCGAGAAUAGGAUGCUCAGCAGCUCUAGUCGGUUUAAUUUCUCUGGUGAGCUGAGGGCGAGAGGUGGAUUAUCUCCUUACAGGAGUUCUAGAAAGGACAGUGUUGCUCCACAACAAAACAGACCAGCUCUGCCUCCUCCUGAAGGAUUUGGAUUUCUCGGCCUAUCGAAAGAAGCCAAUAACAUUGACCCAAGCAGGUUGAAGUUGCUUAUAAAGAAAGUCGACAAUAUGCAAAAAGUUUCAACAAAGUAUAAAGCAAAUCAAAGCAAUAGUUUGGUCAGCCCUGCUGCGGAGAAAACUUUAUAUGUAGAUACUGUAAAUGCUGAGGCAAAAUCAUGUUGCGAUUCAAGUUCCUCUAAUUUGGAGGUGCUCUUGAAUUGUUCUGCAGAAGACAUGGAAAGCCAUUCUGACACAAGAAAAACAGAAGAGAAUCCUUCCGAAGAAUCUUGUUUCCAAGAUAUAGAAUGCUUGGAUUUACAGAAGUCAGGGACUGCCUCGGGACAAGAUCUCGCUGUGCUGAUAGAUGCUAAUCCCUCUUCUUGUUUCACUACUCUCACAGGCCAAGAAGAGACAAUGUGCAUGUCGGCUGAUGGAGAUUCAAACAUCACCUCUGCGAUGGUGAAAAAGGUUGAUAAGGAGGAGAUGGAUGUCGCUUCACUUCCCUUGCCUUUACUGAAAUCUCCUUCCGAGUCUUGGCUUUGGCGUACCCUGCCCUCAAUUCCGUUGCGACAUCCAUUGUCACAUUUGACCACAAUCACUUAUUCCAAGAAGCAGGAUGCAAUAGUAUCCGGCACUGAUACCAAGUGGGAAACCAUUGUAAAAACUUCGAAGCUUCACCAUGAUCAUGUCCGGUAUUCUCAGGAACUAAUUUCUCAUGUUUCGGAGCAACCCAAGUUCUAGAUGUGCAAAAUCUCCGUUCAAUGAUUGAAGAAGUCAAAAUGGCACUUAAUUAUUUUGGGUAAAAUUCUUUUGGGACUGUUCUUUUGUUCUGCUACAACGGAUGUUUCAUGUGCUCAUUUUUAGACUGAGUUACACAAUUAUUGUUCAUAAGAGAGAGGUUAUGGAGCUGAGCUUGGAGAAACAGCAGCUGAUGAAAUUCUGAACAAAACCAAAGUGCCUCAGCCACUCUCUCUUUUACUUUCUUUUUUUCUAGUUAAAUUUUAUGUAUAGGUCAACUAGAUAUAUUCCAAUUGCGAGCCCUCUUUGGAGUGGCGAUGAUAGUGUUGUCCAUGAUACUCGAGGAAUCCAUUAAUUUGAUGAUUGGAAUUUGUUGGUUUU